AUGCCUAUUACAAAUGGCACUGUGUUUAUGCCCUCUGUGCUGACAUUUAUUGGGAUCCCUGGUCUGGAACCUGUACAGUGUUGGAUUGCGAUUCCUUUCUGUGCUAUGUACAUCAUUGCUUUGAUUGGAAAUUUUGUACUUUUGAUCGUCAUCAAAUUGGAGUCCAGCCUCCAUGAGCCCAUGUAUAUUUUUCUGGCCAUGUUAGGAGCCACAGACAUUGCACUUAGCACCAGCAUUGUGCCCAAGAUGCUUGGAAUAUUUUGGUUUCACUUGCCAGAGAUCUAUUUUGAUGCUUGCCUCUUUCAGAUGUGGCUCAUCCACAUGUUUCAGGGCAUUGAAUCAGGAGUUUUGCUGGCCAUGGCUCUGGACCGCUAUGUAGCUAUCUGUUAUCCUCUGAGGCAUGCUACCAUAUUCAGUCGAAAACUAGUCACUUAUAUUGGAGUUGGGGUGACAUUGCGACCUGCCAUUUUGGUAAUCCCAUGCCUAUUGCUCAUAAAGUGCCGUCUGAAACUUUACCAAACCCAGUUAAUAUCCCACACUUACUGUGAACACAUGGCCCUUGUGAAGCUUGCCACUGAAGACGUUUACAUCAAUAAGGUGUAUGGUCUACUUGGAGCUUUUAUUGUUGGUGGGCUUGACUUCAUUUUCAUCACCCUCUCCUAUGUACAAAUAUUUGUCACUGUCUUUCACCUGCCCCAGACAGAAGCACGACUUAAGGCAUUAAAUACAUGUAUCCCACAUAUACUGGUCUUCUUCCAAUUCUAUCUCCUUGCUUUCUUCUCCUUUUUUACUCAUAGAUCUGGAUCUUAUAUCCCUUCAUAUGUACAUAUCACUUUGUCCAAUCUUUACCUACUGAUUCCACCAUUCCUCAACCCCUUUGUCUAUGGGGUAAAGACAAAGCACAUUCGAGAAAAGGUAAUAAAGAUGUUCUGUUCCAAAGACCAGGCUUGA